AUGGCUAUCAGUUCCACUACUGUAACGGUUACUGCCGUGCCAGAUCCACUUAUCACCCCACGGGCUGAACUUGCACCCCGGCAGACAUCAUCCGGAGAUGAUCCUGCGCUGCUUGGCUGGGUGGACGCGACGAAUGGACAAUGGUCUGAUCUCCGCUCUUGCGAUUACCCAGCCACCUACUCGACCUCUGGAUCGUACGCCCAAUGUUGCGCGCCCGGCAGUUCGGACUGCAUCUUCUGGUCAUCUUGUAGUGCCGCAACUCUCUUCUCACCACAGACAAGUUUAUUCUGCGACCAGGGAUAUUGUAACACUGCAGUCGUGGUGCCGACCGUUGGUGCUAGUGGGGGUGUAAGCUACCUGGGUUGUUGGGCGACAAGUCUGGGGCAGGAGCCAUUUACGCUGAUCAGAGACAUUGGAGACGUUGAUGUUGCGCCGUCUUCAUCGACUGUGUCUAGCGAGGACAGCACCGCGAGUGCCUCACCUGAUUCUACUACCGCCUCUGGAUCUACCUCUGAAACGUUGACCAAUGGGGCUGAGUCUUCUACCAGUGCCACUCCGACGACGGGUGCUGCUGCGGUUGCUAUGUCGGGGUCAUUUGCUGGUAUGAUUGGCUUGCUCGCGAUGCUGUUCAGUAUGAUUUGA